AUGAACAGUCCAGUCACAUCCAUCAAGCUGGUCUUGCUGGGAGAGGCUGCCGUGGGCAAAAGUUCGAUCGUUUUGAGGUUUGUUUCGAACGAUUUUGCUGAAAACAAAGAGCCUACCAUAGGGGCAGCUUUCCUCACACAGCGAGUCAACAUGGGCGACCACACGAUCAAGUUCGAAAUCUGGGACACUGCAGGGCAGGAACGGUUCGCGUCACUCGCUCCAAUGUACUAUAGAAACGCACAGGCCGCACUGGUGGUGUACGACGUAACAAAGCCGCAGUCGUUCAUCAAGGCGCGCCACUGGGUCAAGGAACUGCAUGAACAGGCCUCCAAAGACAUAGUUAUUGCAUUGGUGGGCAACAAACUCGAUAUGAUCGAGUCGGGAGCAGAAAGAAAAGUGGCGCGCGAAGAAGCCGAAAACUUGGCGCAACAGGAAGGUCUGCUAUUCUUCGAAACUAGUGCAAAGACUGGUAGUAACGUCAACGAAGUGUUUUUGGGUAUUGGUCAGAAAAUUCCGCUGAAAACAGCACAGAACCAAACACAAGGCGCUGGGCGUGGGUCAUCUGGCUUGCGUAUCAAUGACGACUCCCGCGUCGACCUCAGAUCCUCGGGCGAUCAGUCGGCCUCAGGUAGCACUUGCAAUUGCUGA